AUGGAGGAGCUCUUCUCAAAGGAGGCGCACCUUUUCCUGGUGCGGCUCACCUCAUGGUUCACCGUGACGCUGCCUGUGCUCUAUGAGCUUCCCUUGAAGGUCUUCCUGGUGUUCCUGGAGUUUCGAGAAGCGUCCAUUGUAAGAAAUUUCUUUGAGUCUGGCACCGUGGUGUCGUUGAUGCGAAUUUUGGCCACCGACUGCGAUGUGACAGAGGAGGUGCGCUGCCUCUCUGUUCUCGUGCUGCACCGGCUCGUUCGUCAUGGACGGACUCAUAAGGAGGUGCUGUGCUCCAAAGGCCUAAUCUCGUACCUGGUAGAGUGCAUCGUUGAUGGCUUGAAGUGGGAGACCGUGAAGAGUGCUGGCAGUUUGCUUUGUGAGCUCUUCCGGUCCAAUCCCAACUAUCAGGCGCAUACGAUACAUGCGCCCCUGGCACGGGGUAUACAUGGUGUGUCUCUGAAAGGACUCCUUUGGGCUCAUGGCUGA